CUUGCCCCAGGUCAUGAAGCCAGAGAAUUGGGCUCAAUGGUCAAACAUUUGUUGCUGCAAACCGACUGGCGGAAGACACACAUCCCUAAUUUGUACUGGUCAGAGUCUCAGAAAGCUUACCAAAUUAAACAACCCAUGGUAGACUCAGGGCUGCUGGAGAUGAUGUUGGUAUCUCGCACACAUGGCAGGGAAUUAACUGAUCAUGAGGACGCUGAAGUAAUGCUCGCGGCCUUGCCCGACACCUUGUGGUCCCAAGGUCCAUUUGAUGUCGGGUUUUGUCACUCGAUGGCCCCUAUUGAUCUCCAAAUGGAUGAGACGCAGCCUAUCAAACGACCCCAAUAUCGUUGGCCGAGUGAGGCGAACCAAGGCAUGGAAGACACUCUCUGCGGCCUCUGGGACGCAGGGGUGUUGGAAGUGUCACGCUCCGAAUGGAACACCCCGUUAAGGCCAGUCCAAAAAGCAGAUGGGAAAACAUGGCGCAUGGCACAUGAUUUGAGAGCAGUAAAUGAUGUCACUAUAACUCCUGUUCUUCCUGUGCCAGACCCGCACCGAAUCCUUGCAUCAUUGAACCCUGCCUAUCAGUGGUUCACCGUGAUUGAUUUGGCUAACGCCUUCUUCUGCCUCCCGCUUUCCCCCUCAGUGCGGCACGUGUUCGCAUUCACUUACAAAGGGAUGAAAUUACAAUACACUCGCAUGCCGCAGGGAUUCAAAAAUUCGCCAGGAUUGUUCAAUCAGGUCCUCAAAGAACUCCUCGAACCAUGCCAAAUGCCGGAUGGCACGUUGUUGUUGCAAUAUGUCGAUGAUUUGUUGAUUGCAGCAAAAGACGAGCAGGCGUGUCUUGCAGGAACAAAGAAAGUGUUGUUGUGGUUAGGGGAGAAAGGGUUCAAGGUGUCAAGAAAGAAACUGCAAUGCUGUCGCCAACAGGUCACUUUUCUGGGACGUGGGCUGACCCCUAGUGGCCUCGCCAUGUCGCCUGAACAUAGAAACUCCAUCCUCCGGCACCCACGGCCCGCCACCGUCCAGGAGAUGCUAUCAUUCCUGGGGUUGUGUGGCUACAGCAGACAUUACAUACCCUGUUUUGCCGACAAAACUGGUGUCCUCCGAGCCCUGAUCCGCGAACAGGGGGCCAGGAAUCUCAAGGCUUGCCUGGUCUGGACACCGGAGGCUACCGAGGUCUUUGUGUCACUGGUGCAGGAGCUGGCCUCUGCUGCGGCCUUGGCCACUCCUGACUACACUCUGCCCUUCCAUCUAGAUGUCUCUAUUUCAGGGAAAGUUGUGAAUGGAGCUCUGUACUAGAAAAUGCAGCAUGGACGUGCAGUGUUGAUGUAUUGCAGCGUCCCCUUGGACAACAUUGAGCAACGACAACCCGAUUGUUCCAGGUAUGCGGCUGGCCUGGCGAAGGUCUUACUCAAAACAGCCCACACGGUCAUGGGGGAUCCAGUCUAUGUGUUAACUGAUCAUGCAGUCUCCUCCUUUGUCGCAUCGGCGGCGUUCACGUUAACUCCGCUGCGACAAACACGGUUGUUGAAAAUAUUGACUGCCCCAAAUGUCAACUAUGUCCAUUCCGGAGUGAACAUGGUCGAUCAAUUGUUGGUGGGACCCCAUGAGUGUGCAUCAAAGGUCCAGACGGUGACGAAAGUCCGACCUGACCUCUAUUCCACUCCGCUCGGGCACGGUCGGGUGGUGUUUACAGAUGGCUGCUGUUGGAGAGACAGGAUGGGCUCCCUCCAUGCGGCCGCGGCCGCGGUCGAGUGGAGGGAUGGCUCCUUCCAGCCUCUUAAAGUGAUGAAGCUCAACACCCACCCAUCAGCCCAGGCGACGGAAGUCUUUGCUCUGGUGUUAGCUUUGCGACAAUGCAAGGGGGAAGCCGUGACCAUCUAUUCUGACUCUGCUUAUGCGGUGUCGGCGGCUUUGAUCGAUCUGGUAGGGUGGCUACAGAAUGUGUUCACGACGGCCAGAGGCUCGGAGAUUGCGCACAAGGAUUUGAUGUUGCAGUUGUUUGAGGCGUUGAAGUACCCGAGCGAGGUGGCCAUUGUCAAAGUGCCUGGUCACUCCAAAGCUGACACUUUAGUGGCUAGGGGGAAUCGAGCGGCUGAUGAAUUGGCCAAGCAGACGGCCGGGUACGGCGGGGCAGAGGACAUGAUGGUGUCCCGCGGUCCACUAAUUGUGGACGGGGAACACCCCGACUCCUGUUUGCCUCUGUCACUCUCGCAUGCCGAUCUGUGUGCCGCCCAGGGUGCCACGUCCCCGGAACAAAAAUCGGUCUGGCUGGCAGCAAAGGCUGUCAAACGAUCAGAUGGCUUGUGGGUAGGACCCAAAGGACAGCCAGCUCUUCCGGAGGGAAGGCUGAUGUCGGAGAUCCUGACACAGGCUCACACACCUUCCCAUGUGGGUCCCCAUGCCAUGAUGAUCCAUCUUCGAAGUUGGUGGCAUCCCAAACUCUCAGAUGUGGUCUGGAAAUUCGUUGCGGAUUGUGAGUCUUGCCAGACGUUCAAUGCACGCCCUACGUUGAAGCCUAAACCCGGCCUGUUUCAACCAGCCCCGUGGCCGGGGGCAGAGGUGAUCAUUGAUUUCACCGACAUGAAUACAAGGGUGAAUGGAAAACGCUUUUUGCUUGUGUUGGUUGACGCUUACUCAGGCUGGCCUGAGGCAUAUCCGUGCUCGAAGGAAGAUUCGGCUGCUGUGAUCAAGGCUUUGAUCACACAUUACAUUCCUACCCACGGUUUUCCGGCCUUGAUCCGUUCUGACAAUGGUACACACUUUAACAACAAAGCCUUGGCCAAGGUGGAAUCAAUUUUGGGAUUGAAGCAUCGCUUCGGGUGUGUUUACCAUCCUCAGUCACAAGGCCGCGUUGAACGACUUAACCGAACGCUAAAAGAGAAAUUGGCCAAAAUUAUGGCUCAGACGACAAUGAAUUGGCUACAAGCACUUCCGCUUGCUUUGCUGUCUGUGAGACAAUCCGUUAACAGGAGCACUGGAUUUGCACCGUUUGAGUUGAUGACGGGCCGUCUAAUGCCGGGACCAGCGACGACGCUCGUCCCACCAGAGGAUGUUCCGGUACCUAAUUUGUCACACACAGCAUACUGGUCCUAUUUGUCUGCUUUGGUGUCCAGUGUUUCUGCACAGCUUGGAGAGAAAUCCGCUGCGGCUGCGGCGGAGGAAGGUGUGUCGGUGGAGAAACAGCUCACGCCGUACGUGUACGUCCGAGUCAUCUCCAGGAAGUGGACGGACCCCUGGUGGAAAGGCCCCUUUCGUGUCUUGGCCAGGACGUCUCACGCGGCCCAACUCGACUUCAAAGGACACCGGUGGUAUCACUACUCACAACUCCGUCCGGCCCCAGAGUUUGUUCCGUCAGGAUGA